AUGAAUAUUCAGGUCACAAUGAAUAUCAGAAGGGGGAGCUUGGAUAAAAUUUCAAAGCCUGCAUCUGUCUCAAGAGCUUACCCUAAUUAUAGAUCUUUAAAUACAUGUAUGCAGUUAUUAGCACCAGAGCCACAUUUGCCAAAGGUUGCUUUUUCCACAAAGAGGUCUCUUCAGCAGUACAACCUGGAAAACCUGGUUGUCUUCUCUUUAGACUUAAUUGGAUUCGUUGAUCCACCUGUCAGUUUGGCUGGUAGUCAUCAAAGAGGCAGUCUGGAGCACUGCUGUCCACAAGAAAAGAGAGAUGAUGACAGAAAGAAAUCUGAUGUCAAAGAAGUAAGAACUGAUCAGCAAACCACAGUGGAGAGUGCAGCCUUUCUUCAGACGUGUGAACUGAAUCCCAGUGAAUUUUCAGGAUGUAUCUCUAAUUCAGAUUCUGGAGAUGAUAGUACUGAAACACAGACAUCGAAAUUCUGUGAACCUUCCCAAGGAAAACAACGUAAUGCAAAAGCAGCAAACUCUUCCAAUUUGGAAUAUUCUGGAGGAACAAAUGUAGAUUCUCAGAUUCAAGAAGCUAUAAAGAAAAUGAAUAAACUUGACACGAUACUGGCAAAAAAACAUUCUAAGGAGAGAACAAUUAAAAAACAAGGAGAAGAAAUGAGGGCAAAGCUCUGGGAAGAACUUCAGUCUAUCAGAUCCACUGGAGGCCAUGAGGAGAUAGAAAACACAAAACAUUUUUUAGCUUUGAUCUCAUCAUGGCAGGAUACAUAUGAUUUCUCUCAGACUAAAGAAGAUGAAACUUGUACUUCGAUAUUUCACACACAAAUUAAUCCAGAAGAUUAUGAUUGCCAUAAACCCCAACAUACUCAGGAUUAUCCAGGUGAAUUAGAAACAAAAGAAUUCCUUAAUCAAGCAGAAAAAAUGCAUAGCAAAGGUAAAAACAAUCAGGAUUUCAUUAAAAAGAACAUUGAGUUAGCAAAGAAUUCAGGAAACCAUAUUGCUAUGGUUGGGGGAGAAAAGAAAAGGCUAAUAGAACUGUUGAAAGAUAUAGAAGAUGGAAUUGAUCUGGAAGGUCUUGAGGAGGAUGUAUCUGGCUGGCUAGUACCAGGAGAAGGGUACAUACCUGAACCAAUGGAAUUGAAUCAUCUAAAGGAGAUAGACAUGAAGCUUCAAGUACUACUAUCUGAUGUCGAUUCUUCUGCAAUUGCCAGCUAUUGCUCAAAACCUCUGGGCCAAAUUCAUCAGGAGUCUCUGGCUUAUGCAAACAGAACCCUAGGAGCAGUUCCAGGUGAAAAGGUUCUGCGAGACCAUAAGGAACAACGUGAUCAACAAAAUCGUUUGAAAGAAAUAGAUCAUCAGCUGAAAAACCUAGAGAAAAGUCUUACUGAAGAAAAAAUGGGCCUCUCUGAAGAGCAGCUUAAGACCCUUCUGGAAGAAUGUAUGCAGUCUCAGAGAACAAUGAGCAACGUUACCAUGCCAAAGUCUCAGGAAUCUCUUUCUUGUGGAUUAAGUCCCCCUUGUUACACAAGUCAAGACUCCACUCUUCACUCCACAUCUACUCUUUCCAAAAUGUUUGUUGAAGACCAUAUUGUAGGGAUGUUAACGGCUCAGGAAAAGACUGAAGUUGAAGACAAAAGCUUAUGUGUUAAGGCAGAGAGUGAAAUCCCUGGCUACUAUCUCGGCAAAGCAUUGGCUGAUAGUCACUUAUCAAAGGAUUCACUGGCCCAAACAGAGGAACUUGAUGACCUAGAAGGUUUACAGAAGAUGGGAGAUAAGACUAUUACUGAAGGUUACUUUAUGUCAAGAGCACUCAACAGAAAAAGGUUGAAGAAACCUUCUUUCUUGGGUGAACCAUUAUAUUGCAUCAGCUUGAACAAUGAACCAUCCAGGGAGGCUGACAUUCUCAGCAUACCACUGCAAACCAAAGGAGGUGAGACUCUUAACAGCCCUUUAGAAUAG